ACAUUUGUCAAAUGUUUGUAGGAUCUUGCAGAAAGGAAAAAAAGAGGAAAAAACUUUUCCUUCCAUUUACAUUGGCUUUCGUGUCGUCGGCUUUCAGCAGUGUAUUAUUGGAUAAAUUGAAGCAGCAAUUGCACCGUUCCGGACGACGACAUGGGACUAUCGCACAGCGUUGCAGUACCGGGGGGCGGGACCGAGGGAUACCAUGUUUUAAGGGUGCAAGACAACUCCCCGGGCAAAACGGCCGGACUGGAGGCCUUUUUUGACUUUAUUCUUGCCAUCGGCAACACUCGCCUGGACCAAGAUAACGAUACGCUGAAGGAGCUGCUGAAGGGAAACAUCGACAAAGAGAUCCAGAUGACGGUGUACAGCAGCAAAACGCAAAACAUCCGCCUGGUGGACAUUACGCCGAGCAGUACCUGGGGUGGACAAGGGCUGCUCGGAGUUAGCAUACGGUUCUGUUCGUUCGAGGGUGCCAAUGAGAACGUGUGGCACAUUCUGGAGGUGCAUCCAUCGUCCCCGGCGGAAGAAGCUGGACUGAUACCGUUUACGGAUUACAUUAUCGGUGCCGAUUCGAUACUGCACGAAAGCGAAGACCUGUUUACGCUUAUCGAAUCGCACGAGGGUAGACCACUGAAAAUGUACGUGUACAACACGGAUCUCGACCGGUGCCGCGAGGUGACAAUUACACCCAACUCAAAGUGGGGCGGUGAGGGCAGUCUAGGUUGUGGCAUUGGGUACGGGUACCUGCACAGGAUACCGAUUCGGAUGAUGCCGAGCGACGGGAAGGUGCCACUGAAUACCGGGGCACAAUCCGUCCCAGUUGUUCCGGUUGGUAGUGCGGCCACCUUCCCGACGGGCGCUUCGACGGCAAGUGCAAUGGCAGGAUCGACGGUUGACACGACCAAUGCGAAUCGUUCCGUGCCAUUCAUCCCUAUGGUGCCACCGUUGGCGAAUACUUUCGCUCCGCAGGCUAACAAUGCCGUCCAUGAUCUGCUUACGGUGUCGCAGCCAACCAACACGAUGACAGCGACUGCCACGACCACGCCGGCGAUGGGAGAUUUGACCAACCAGUUUGCCACCCUGUCCACGGCAACCGGUCCAACGGAUCAGGUCAACAAUAACGUGGAAACGCAAACGACACCAACCCAAGCGACGUAUAAUAAUAAUGCCGGCCAACCGGGAGAGGUAGCAUCGCCACCGAUUCACGUUGGUCCGGCCAUCUAUACGCCACCGGCCGGAUCGGUAGAGCAAGUUCCAAUUGCUGCAACGAAUGGCGAUAGCAUGGCUGCGCAACAACAGGCGCCACCGCUGGCCAAUCUUUCGUAUCCGACAUCUUCCGUUCCCACGUUACCGACGGGCGCGAAUCCCUACUCGAAGGCUAGCACUGUGCCACCACCAUCGACAUUGGCCAGCGAUUUCUAUCAAGUGUACGGAUCGUCCGUUGUACCGGCCACCAGCAACACCGUUCCUCCGACCGCCAACAGCUAUCCCAUGUCCACCACGAUUGACUUUCUGCAGAGCCAGCAGCAACCGAUGCAACAGCAACCCUGGGGCUCACAGCCCCCCAUCCAGAUGUACUCCACGUACCCUCAGGUGCAGCCGAUUUCGGAGCCAUCGCCCGCCCACCAACCGGCGGCGGCAGGUGGUACGGUUCCGGCCGCAUCUUCACUAUUCCAAAGCAACGCCGUUACGACACCCAUCUCCCUGCCCGGCAUGCCGCCGAUAACGGUGAGCGCAACGAUUCAGCCGGAAGCGCUACGAGGACUACAGUUUACCAAUGCACCGAUCGCGCCGACCGGCCAACAGCAACCACCCCUAAUGACCAUGCCGCCGACGUUGCAAUAAGCUCCGAAACUGCUCAUGCAGGCGAAUGGCCGGCCAGAACGAACGACCGUGAAAUGUGCAAUUCGGUGGGGAAUUUUGUACAUAGGAGCAAUCCAUUCUUUUGGACCAUCGUUCGUAUCUUGUUCGAAAAACGAAAAACGAUCGAUCGAAGCAGUUCGGCAAAGAACGGAGGAUGAUUUGGUGCAUUUGGUUGCCCUGGGUGACACGCAAGGUAUAAACAUGAGUACAAUUUUUAUCUUGUGCUUUACGUUACUACACUUAAGUUUAGUCAAUCUAUGAAGGAGGAUAAAGUAUCGUUAUCAAUAUUAAAACCAAUAUUAAUUA